AUGUUUAAUAAGAGAAAUGGAAAAGAUGAAAAAGCAAUUGUGAUACUGCCAGGAUUUGAUGAGAAAGUCAAAGAUUCUUCAAGUCGCAAAUUAUUAGAAAGUUUAAAGAAUACUCCGGACAUAAGUCAAAAUGAAACUAAUGCAGUUUUAUUUUAUUUAUUGCAUGCCAUUUUUGUACCAACGUCUAAAAAAGUCACCAGAGAUCAUAAUGGCAAAAUAAACCAAGUGAAACACUCUAUUAAAGAUUCACAAAAUAGCUUCAUGAUUUUUAAGAAUUCGGUUUGUGAAAUUGAGGAAUACAUCACUCUACGGCGCAAUGAAAAAAACCCUAUCCAACCAUUUAUUUUAAUAGUUGGUUCAUCCAUGCAUCCAAAAGAAAUAAUUGUUUUUUUUGAUUGUAUAAAGUAUAAAGUUUUCUCAAUUAUUAAUGCAAUUGAUGUAUGA